AUGGGGCCAAGGCAGAUAAAUAACAUUUUGGCACCAGGUGUUGCUGAUCCCCAUGGCCACUGGCAUAGCUGCAAACUUGAUAUAAACAACUGCUCGCCCGGUCAAAUCGAAACUAUGCAAGAUUUCAGGCUGCAAUUCUUAAGUGCAGUGAAUGGACUAGGCGCCUCUUCAUCUAGAGGAUUAUUCAUAGACUCUUGCUAUGCCCACUGCCAAACCGAAACGCAGGAGACAUGGUUAAGGACUGAUUCUCCAUUGCUGGGUAGAACAACAAUUGCAAAGGCAGUUGGAGACUGGUUUUAUGAUCGGAGUUCCUUCCAAAAGAUAGAUUGCCCUUACCCUUGCAACCCGACUUGCCAUAACCGUGUUUUCGAUCCACAAGAACACCCAGAAAUAUAGAUUUAUUAUGUCAAGAUAUAUAUUUUUAUGAAUGAUAGUUAUAUCUAAAAUGAGCUUAAAUAAGUAAAAAGAAAAAAAAAAAAAUGAUGAUUGAUCAAGUCUUUGAAAUAAGCAAAGGCUCUACUUCACCAAGCUUCU